AUGGGAGUAAACCACAGAGGAGAGCACAAGCGCAGAAAGACUGGAGCAAAGGCAGUGAUUUCACGCAAGAAGAGGAACAACAGGGCGGGAUCCCAGCCAAGUGCAACGAAGAUUGGGGAGCAGAAGGUUGUGUCAGUGAGGGUGCGUGGAGGAAACAAGAAGCAGCGAGCGUUGAAGCUUGAGGACGGGCAUUUCCGGUUUAUGUCGACGGGCAAUAUCCGAAAAGCAAGGAUGGUUCAGGUUGUGUACCACCCCAGCUGUAACGAGUUAGUGCGUACAAACACGCUGACGAAGAGUUCUGUUGUGAAGAUUUCUGCAGAGUCGUUCAAGGAGGAUGUAGCGACGGUUGGAGUGGAGCAGGAUGCCGAGCUACAUGAUGGAUUUGAGAAAGGGCAUCUGUAUGCAAUUAUUACGUCGAGGCCUGGACAGAUAGGAAUGGCGCAAGGACAUGUUCUGCAAGGAGAGGAGCUAAAGUUCUAUUCUGAGAGAUUUAACAAGAAGAGGGGAGGAGCCAGGAAAUAA